AAACAUUAAACGUCAAAACAAAAGCAAAAUCCAAAACCUUUCUUCCGAUGCAGUGAAAUUGGCGGAGCAAAACGUUUCCAGAAUAAUUCUCUUUUCCUGGUGUUUAAUUCACGAAUUUGUACUAGAUUCUAUUCACGAUGGCAGACGAUCUCCAAAACUACAAAUUGCAACUACAACAGGUUGAAGCAGCUCUUCUGACGGAUCCGCAAAAUGGUGAACUGCUAAAGCUGAAGCAGGACCUGGAAGAGGUCAUCGAUCUGACGAAGGAUUUGAUCCGAGCCCAACAGGAAGCCGAGCAGAAAAAAAGCGCCUAUGUGGAACCGGCCAGCACCAGAUACUUCGAGGGUGGCCCUUCAGCGGCCGAGAAGAAACAAACGAAACCGACCGUAAUCUGGAAGGUCGGCGACAAGUGCUCCGCCAAAUGGAUCGAAGAUGGACAGUACUACGAUGCCACAAUUGAAUCGAUUACAGACGGUGGUGAAGUCAGUGUCGUUUUCGAUGCAUAUCAGAAUCGAAGCACUACGACACUAUCGGAGCUAAAGGAACAGAAGAUUCGGAACGAAGUAUUUCCUUCAAAUAGUAACAAACGCAUGCGACCCAAUCAGAAGGAAUACCUCAAAAAGAAGAAACAAAAGAAGCUCCAGCGCUUCAAGGAGCUGGAAGAGGAACGGGAAACGGAGAAGAACAAGUGGCUUCAAUUUUCCGCCAAAAGCACCAAGAAGGCGGGAGUCAAGUGCAAGAGUAUAUUUGCUUCACCGGAGAAUGUGAACGGUCGCGUUGGCAUCGGGACUUGCGGAGUAUCCGGUAAACCGAUGACCGAGUUUACCCACGGGGAAAAGUACCGAAAGGGCGUGUAAGAUAUCGAAUGGCGGGGUCAUUUCUAUGGUAAGCACUAUUACAUAUAAAUAUAUCUCUCCCAACUGGAUGCUCUCUGGUGGCAUUCGGGGAGUCUUGAUGAACGGCACUCAUAUUUCUCAAUACAAAUAAACUGAUUCAAAACUA